AUGGCCACGGUCGAUGCCGAAAUCUCCGUCGGCGAUGGAGACAGGAGAAAAAGGACCAAGGACGAGAGAGAAGGGGAACAGGUUGAUGUGCAAGGUCGGAUCGGAAAACAAAGAGAGUGGGAGCUAAUAAGAUUGAAGGACAAAAUUUAUAGUGUGGAAUAUUUUUUGGAUCUGGAAAAAUAUAAAGUCAACGUUUGUGGUCUUAAUAUCAAGAAUCUCACUUUCUUUUACAAUACAAUCAGAGUUGUACUGAGGGAUAAAAAUUCAACAACAAUGACUAGCAAAAGGGGAAAUAAGCAUACACUCUCUGCUUCUACUAUUCGUUUCUUCAGAGUUAUUACCACACCAAUUCUUCAAGAUGGAAAGCUUAUGAUACCAAAAGGUUUCACUAGGGACCAUAUGAGUGACAUGUUAAACCCAGUGUUUCUCAAGACUCCAGAUGGCAAAAAAUGGGAAAUGUGCACGACUAAAAUCAAUGGGGAUAUUUGGUUUCAAAAGGGUUGGAAAGAAUUUGCUACAUAUUAUUCACUAGAUCAUGGGCACAUGGUAUUAUUUCAAUAUGAAGAAAACUCUCAUUUUGUGGUGCAUAUAUUUUCCAAGAGUACCCUUGAGAUUGAAUAUCCUUUCCAUGGCAAUCAACAUGAACAAAACAACUUUGACCAACAAAGUAGUGACGAGGACUCCAUUGAAAUUUUGGACAAGUCACCUUCAUGCAAGAAGAAAACUAGACCAAAAUCGCCAAUUAUGUGUCCUCAACCACAUAAGAAAUUGAGAAGUGACUCAAGUGAAGGUGUUGGAACAAGCUCGAGAUUCCAAAACUUGCCUAAGCAUCAUGUCCAAUCUAGUGAGGAUACGGGUGCUAGUGCUGAAUUCCGAAAAGUAAAGCACGAGCUAGAACAAGAGCAAUACCAAGAGCAGGAGCAGUUAAAUAGAGUUAGAAGCUUCAAAUCAAAUAAUCCUUCUUUCAGGAUUACCAUGAAGUCUUCACAUAUUUAUAGCCAUUCCUUGUAUGUCCCAUCACAAUUUGCUAACAAUCAUAUGAAGAAAGAGCAAAGUGACAUUCUUCUUCAACUCUUGGAUGGGAGAGUUUGGGAUGCUAAAUAUUGUUCAGCAAAAAUUAAUGGUGGAUGGAAGAAAUUUGCAGUACACAACAAGUUGAAAAUUGGGGAUGUGUGUAUUUUUGAACUAACCAAAAGCCAAUACCUUACUUUGAAAGUAAUAAUAUUUAGACUUGAGGAAGAUCCACACUCCCCUUCACCUCAAGAAUCAAUUCAACGAGACAAAGACUUCUCGGAUGUUGAAAGCGAAACUAUUAUGACAAAUAAAGAAGAGAAGGCAACCCAAAAAACUUCAUUGCGGACAAAGGCUGAAUUCCUUACGAAUGAAGCUGAGAAUCAAGCUGAUAAAUUCAAGUCCAAAUAUCCAUUUUUCAAGGUCGAUAUUAUGCCAAAUCAACGAGGGCAUUCUAGAUUGCUUGUACCAAAUUCCUUCAUAACAAAUUACUUGGAUAACAAGGAACAGAUGAUGAUUCCAAGAAAUUUUGCAGAGAGAUAUUGGAAAGAUGUAUCAAAUCCAAUAUCCCUUAGACUUCCAAAUGAGUUUGAGUGCAAAAUGUUUUGGGUACGACGUGGAUACGAUAUUUGGUUAGUGAAUUGGAAAAGAUUUGCACGGUCGCUUAGAUGUGGAGAUCUUUUAGUUUUUCAAUAUAAAGGAGGGUCAGAUUUUCAUGUCAUCAUAUUAGAUGAUAGUAAAUUAGAAAUCGACUAUUCAAGUAUGAGAUGCAACGACGAACAAGAUUCUAACAAGCACUUUAAACAAGAAGAAGAAUGUGAUGAUGAUUGUGUUGAGAUUUUGAGUGAUAUUGCUACACCUCAAGGAACAAACAUUGACAAGAAUUUUUUUUUGACUGCAGCCCAGCAAAAAAAUACAGGUACUAACAAAGGAAGCAUGACUAAGAAAGCAAAGAGGUGUUCAAUAACUGGAGUGGUUAAUGAGAAAUCCAAUAAUGGAAAUCCAAGUUUUGAACUUAAAUUGACACGAAGUUAUGUCCAUGGCCGUUUAUGUUGGAUACCAACAAAGUUUUCAAGAGAAUACUUGAACGAGUUCGAAGGGUUUGCAAGGUUAAGGGUUGGUGAGGAUAGAGCUUGGAAGGUGAAUGUGAAGUUUGAUUAUGGUAAAAGAUGUUCUAUUCUGAAUGUAGGUUGGAAUUUAUUUACCAAAGAUAAUAACUUGCAAGUUGGUGAUGUGUGUAAGUUUGAGAUGACUCAAUCCGAACCACUUUCAUUUGAUAUUUCUAUUUCUCGAGUUAGAGAGGAACCAAGCCCUAACAAAUUGCAAGGUUAUGAAAAAGAGAUAUCUUCAACAAAUUCAGGAGGUUCUAAUGUGAUGAAACAUAACACAUACGAGCUUUUUGUGAAUUCCUCCUACCCGUUUGUACCUGAUGAUUUUUUUGAAUAG